AUGAUUCCGCCACCACAGCCUCCCAAUGAGGCGACCGACAUCUUCUCCAUCUCCGACCAGGUCCUCGCCGACAGGCUUCAGUUCAUCGAGGAAAUCGGUUUCGGAAACUGGGGAAGCGUCUGGCUCUGCUGCCCCAAGGGCGACACAUCCUCGAGCCCUCUGCAAGACAGCAAGAUCGCCGUUAAGCUCGUUCACCGCUCCAAGACCUCCACCACCGCAGCUCGAGUCCGGUCAUUAUGGAACGAAAUGAAGGUCGUCCGGUCGCUGAAACAUGAGCCCCACCCGUCCAUCAUCCCCUUCUACUCGUUCAUCAUCACUCCCUCGUAUGCCUUGAUCACGAUGGCAUACCAUCCCAGACUAAUCACCGUCGAAGUUUCUGAAUCCCACGCUAAGGAGUGGUUCCGAUCGCUCUUAUCUGGUGUUGAGUUCCUGCACAAGCACGGCGUUGUGCACAAUGACAUCAAACCCGCAAACAUCCUGCUGUCCAACGAGAACGUUCCCGUUCUAGUCGACUUUGGCUUUGCUGAGCGGUAUGAUCUGCAGUCCUCGGAGGCGUUCCACAGUAAUCUGUCGUACGGCACCCCCGAGUAUCUCUCUCCGGAGCGUGCCCGUGGUCUCCCUCACGACACACGCAAGUCAGAUGUCUGGUCCCUCGGCGUCACAUUCUUCGAGAUCCUUGUCGGCCGGACAAUGUUCGAACUCUCCGAGGGCGAACAGUUUUCGACGAAGGCGGAUUUGGAGAAAUACUGGGCGCGCACCCUCCGCGGCAAAUGGGUCGGCACGUGGACCAUGUCCAAGGGCGUUGAGAAGCUUCUCCGCCGGAUGGUGCUCCCCAACGCCGACCUCCGCUGCACUGCCUCGCAGGCGAUGGCCGACCCGUACUGGACUCAGGCCGAGUCGCUCAAGCAAGUGCACAGAAAGUCUGCCAGCGUGUCACACUCGCGGAGCUCUUCUUUGAUUCUGGACAAGGAGAUGACGAAGCUGUUGGAUGUCAUCCCACCAUGGGCUUCCCGUGGUAGCAAGGACAAGGACAAGGCGAAGGUCGAGAAGGAUAAGGGCAAGGCCGAGAAGGACAAGGGCAAAGUUGCCGGCAAGGAGAACGUUGUGCUCGGGAAGAAGGACGCCCAGGCGGCGGCCCGCUCAGGACACGGACACACACGCUCUGCUUCUCAGCCGAAGCUCCAGCUGUCACCCGAAGCGCGAGGUGUAGCGCAAUCCAAGCGACAGCACGCAAUGCCGUCCGUGUUCUCUGCCCUAUCUCCCAUCAAGCACUCGCCCCCUCCGUCAACUGCGACGUUUAGCGCGAUGGAGAAGGAGAACCCCGGCGCAGAGCGCUCCAAAGGCCCUCGUGUUGCACGGAAACCUCUCGGCCCUCGGUCCCCGUCGAACACCCCUCCAAGCACCCUCGGGCGCCACGCGUCUAAAGAGAAUGCCCAUGCCGUUGCUCGCGUCCACACCAACGAGAAAGCGGCCACCGCAGAACGUCGUCGCAGCCGUGCCCUACGCGAUGUCACCCACGGUGCGAACGUCUCCUCGCCCCCUCCAGCCCCCUCUGCGCGUGUGCGCAAGGCCGCGGACAGCGACACCCUGAAGUCAGCGGACACCAGCAAGGACUCGGUCCGCAGCCGGAUGAUGGACUGGGAGCGUGAGCGCGAACGUCUUCGCGAACUGGAGCGCCAGAAACUACGCGAGGCGGAGUCAGAGGUCGACGACGACGGCGACGCAGAACACGCCCGCGAGGAGGAGUGGGCACGGGAACGGCGGCGGAUGGAAGAGGAGACGAAAGCUCAUCAGGAGCGAGUCGCCCGUGACGAGGAGGCGGAGCGCAGGGAAGUGGCAGAGGCGGAGGCGGAGGCGGAGAGGCAGGAGCGUGAACGGGAACACCUGGAUCGUGAGGAGCGGAGGCGGCGGGAGUACAUCCUACCGAAGAUUAGCGUGGGUCCUGCGCUGGUGCCCGAGACGAGCCUGUCGACCUCGCCGCUCAGUCCGCUGUUUGAGGAACCGUCGGAACCGCCAGCGACACCACAUGCCGAAACCAGCAUGGGUGCUCUCAAGCAGAGCCUGCGAAUGUCCAUUGGCAACGCGGUGCGGCUAUAUAAGUCGUCGACCCAUAUGCUCGGUCGCUCGACGCCCGCGCUGACCCUGGGCUCUGGAGACGCUGAUGACGACUCUCAUAGUCUCAGUGAGGAUCCGUCGUGGGACGACGAUGCUCAACGUGAAGAGGCCAGAAUGGAUCGCAUGACUUUGUGGAUCCAAAGUGUCGAGCGGGUAGUGGACGAGGCUCGGCAGAACUUCGAGGCGAGCUCGCCUACUCCGAUUGUCACUCCCGCUGCUCUACCCAUCGCCCCUAUCUCACGUCGCUCUUCGGCCAACCACUCGGGUCGUGGUCAGCGAGUACCACGCAAGAUCCUGGCUGCCAACGAGAUCUUCGUCAACGACUAUGAGCCCGAGACGUACGCCCGCAACGCAAGCAUGCUCUCCGACAGGAGCGGGCUCUCCUCUCCUCUCCCCAGUCCCUCUUACCUCAAUGCCACUUACCACCCAACCAUCGACACCACGCUUCCCACUAUCCCCUCGGAGGCUCCAAGUACCUUCCUCGAUACGUCACGAGCGCUUUCGGAGUCUCCUUCGCGGGCGAGUUCUGUUGGUCCGAGUGAGGUCCUCCCACCUCCUCAAACCCCCUCUCGGAAGCGCCGCGCGACCGUCGUCACCCGCUCUCCGGAUAACGUACGGGCAGUUAAGAGCCUUGAUCUCGACCUCUCCCCAUCGAAACGGCGAGAGAAGUCGCGCAGCCACGGGGACCUCCUUCGGCCAAUCACCCCCAUCACCAAGCUCGAGUUUGAGCUGGAGCGUCUGUCCCAACCCGCUCCGCCGCCCAGGCUGUCUUCGGUCGUUGACAAGAGCCUUUUCAUCGCUUCCUCGCCAAUGCUCCAGCGUGUCGACGAGAACACGUACGAGACGCCGCAGCGGCAGAAGAACGAGCUGACCGCCUCUCCUCUCCACAUCGAGUCAUACCCACCAAAGACUAUGCCGGCGAAGGGGUCGGUCACGCUCGAUACACCUGCCAAGCGGCAGAUUGAGGGCGUUUACGACAGAUUCCUCAUGUCCACUACCGGUGUUAAACGCAACGGCAAGGGCUACCAGUCGUACAAUGCCAAUGCGCCGGUCGAGAACAUCAACCCUGUGCGCCCGCAGACCUCGAUGGCGAAGCGAAGCCAGAAGUUCUUUACCGCGCGUCCGAAGAUGCCGCCGCCGGUCUCGAGCGACGACAUCCGCCGUCAGUCGUCCUUCGACGAGUUCGGUGCGUUCAUGAGCACCCCGGCGCCCGGUGCCCAGGAGCAGAACCACAAGACCAUCACCAUCGUCCGCAAUGCGUUCAAGGCCAUCGUCACCGGCAAGCCCACCUCACGCGUGGCAAAGCCGGUAUGGCAUUGA